AAGGAUGGGGACAUUAUGUUGGGUGGAAUCUUCUCUUUACACAGCAGCUGGAAAAACAGACAAGAUACCUACAUGCACAAACCACUGCCACUGCAAUGCACCAGUUUGAAUUUCAGAGGGUUCCAGUUUACCCAGGCGAUGCUCUUUGCCAUAGAGGAGAUUAAUAACAGCACAGACCUACUGCCUGGCAUCUCUCUGGGCUAUAAGAUCUACGAUACCUGUAGCUCCAUUGCCAGAGGUGUGAGGGUUGCACUGGCCUUGGCUAAUGGUAAUGAACUGGCAUCUGCACCCUCCGAGGCACCAUGUACCAGACUUGCCCAAGUGCAGGCCAUUAUGGGAGAGACCUCUUCCUCUCCUUGCAUGGCUAUAGCUACUGUCAUCGGACCUUUUCAUAUCCCAAUGAUCAGCCACUUUGCUACUUGUGCUUGUCUCAGUGAUAAAACUAAGUACCCAUCCUUCCUCAGAACAAUACCCAGUGACUACUACCAGAGCAGAGCCCUUGCCAAGUUGGUUAAGCACUUUGGUUGGACUUGGGUUGGAGCUAUUAGAACAAAUGAUGAUUACGGCAAUAAUGGCAUGGCCACUUUCACAGAAGCCGCCCAUCAGCUGGGUAUCUGUCUGGAGUACUCUGUACCUUUCUUUAGAACAGAUCCACCAGACAAAAUACUUCAGAUAAUUGACAUUAUCAAGGCUUCUACUGCCAAGGUGAUUGUCGCUUUCCUCUCCCACAAGGAUAUGGAUGUGUUACUACAUGAGUUGUCUCACCACAACUUGACUGGGUACCAGUGGGUAGGCAGUGAGAGCUGGAUCUUUGAUCCUCAAAUUGCAGCCAUGGAUAGGCAUCAUAUUCUGGAUGGUGCCAUAGGUCUGUCCAUCCCCAAAGCACAUGUCAGUGGCAUGAGAGAGUUCAUGUUGGAUGUGAAGCCACUCAGUUCAUCUAGUAAUGAAAUGUUCACAGAAUUUUGGGAGACAUUGUUCAGCUGUAAAUUCAACCAGUCAAAGUCUUCAGAAGGGAAUCAGAGAAAAUGUACUGGACAUGAAGAUCUGACUGGAGUGCAAAACAGCUUCACAGAUAUGUCUCUCAUGCCUAUCUUUAACAAUGUCUAUAAAGGAGUGUAUGCUGUGGCCCACGCGCUUCAUAACAUUAUGAGCUGUAACGAAACAUGUGACAACAAGGUGCAGCUAGAUCCAUUUACGAUUUUACAGCACAUACAAAAGAUUCAGUUCAAAACAAAGGAAGGAGACGAGGUCUACUUUAAUGAGAAUGGAGACCCAGCAGCAAAGUAUGAAAUUAUAAACUGGCAGCCAACAGAAAAUGGCAUUGUGGACUUUGUCACAGUUGGUCUUCAUGAUGCAUUUUUACCUGCAGACAAACAGCUGAAUCUGCAAAAUAAGUCUUUCAAUUGGGCACAGACCUCAAAACAGGUGCCUUUGUCAGUUUGCAGUGAGAAGUGUCCUCCAGGAACUCGCAAGGUUCUCCAGAAAGGAAAGUCUGUCUGCUGCUAUGACUGUUUAAGAUGUGCAGAAGGAGAAAUAAGCAACAUUACAGAUUCUAUCACCUGUGUGCGAUGCCACCCUGAGUUCUGGUCAAAUGAGAGAAGAGAUGCCUGUGUGAAGAAAGAGGCCGAGUUUCUAUCAUAUGAAGAGAUCAUGGGAGCGCUGCUCACUGCAGCGUCCUUAUUAGGAACAUGGGUCACUGCUGUUGUGGCAUUCAUUUUCUUCAGAUUCAGGAAAACACCAAUUGUCAGGGCCAACAACUCGGAGCUGAGCUUCCUGCUGCUCUUCUCCUUGACUCUGUGUUUUCUGUGCUCUCUGACCUUCAUCGGCCGGCCCUCUCAGUGGUCCUGCAUGCUGCGACACACAGCGUUCGGCAUCACCUUUGUCCUUUGCAUCUCUUGUGUUCUGGGGAAAACUAUAGCGGUGUUAAUGGCCUUUAGGUCCACACUUCCAGGUAGUAAUGUAAUGAAAUGGUUUGGGCCUGCACAGCAAAAACUCAGUGUCCUGGGUUUCACUCUCAUACAAGUUAUCAUAUGUAUCCUCUGGUUAACAAUUUCUCCUCCUUUUCCAUUUAAGAAUUUUAAGGAAUUCAAGGACAAAAUCAUCUUAGAGUGUGCUCUGGGCUCAGCUGUAGGCUUCUGGGCUGUACUUGGGUACAUAGGACUUCUGGCCAUAUUAUGUUUCAUUCUUGCUUUUCUGGCUCGGAAACUGCCUGAUAAUUUCAAUGAAGCCAAAUUUAUCACUUUCAGCAUGUUGAUAUUCUGCGCAGUCUGGAUCACUUUCAUCCCAGCGUAUGUCAGCUCUCCUGGGAAGUUCAGUGUUGCUGUGGAGAUAUUUGCUAUUCUGGCCUCCAGUUUUGGACUGCUCAUUUGUAUUUUUAUUCCAAAAUGUUAUAUUAUUCUACUGAAACCUGAGAAGAAUACAAAAAAGAAUAUGAUGGGAAAGGGGGCACCAACAUAA